UUCUACGACUUUCCCUCCUGUCCAAACGUAAGUUACGACAUUUUGAUCGGAAGCAAGAACAGGAGCUCUCUAGCUGUGAAGCUCCUCAGGAAAUCGGUUUGCCAGUCCGUUUACCCUCCAGCCGAGGAGGAGAGAUGAAGGUGAAGAUCAUAUCUCGUUCCACGGACGAUUUCACCCGCGAACGGAGCCAGGACCUCCAGAAAGUUUUUAGAAAUUAUGAUCCCAAUCUACGGUCUCAAGAAAGAGGCGUUGAAUAUACCAGGGCUUUAAAUGCUGCUAAAUUGGAGAAGAUCUUUGCUAGGCCUUUUGUUGGAGCAAUGGAUGGGCACAUAGAUGCUGUAUCUUGCAUGGCAAAAAAUCCAAAUCAUUUAAAAGGAAUAUUUUCUGGCUCUAUGGAUGGAGAUAUUCGUCUCUGGGACUUGGCUAACAGGAGAACAGUUUGUCAAUUUCCUGGUCACCAAGGUGCUGUACGAGGCCUAACUGUAUCUACUGAUGGACAAACUCUUGUAUCAUGUGGCACAGAUUGCACUGUAAGGCUUUGGAAUGUCCCUGACUACAGGAACAAGAGUUCAAGCGACUCCGCUGGGAAUGCUGCAGUGCCAAUAGCAGUCUAUGUAUGGAAACAUGCCUUCUGGGGUGUUGAUCACCAGUGGGGUGGGAAUCUCUUUGCAACAGUUGGUGCACAAGUGGAUAUAUGGGAUCAUGACAGAUCAGAGCCAGUGAAUACCUUCAAGUGGGGAAAUGAUACGGUAAUGGCAGUGCGAUUUAAUCCUGGUGAACCAGAUCUAUUUGCAACCUCUUCUAGUGAUCGUAGCAUAAUUUUGUUUGAUUUACGUAUGUCUUCACCUGCCAGGAAAUUAAUUAUGAAGACAAGAUGUAAUUCUUUAUCCUGGAAUCCCAUGGAGCCGAUGAAUUUCACUGCUGCGAAUGAAGAUACGAACUGCUAUAGUUAUGAUGCUAGAAAAUUGGAUGAAGCUAAAUGUGUUCAUAGUGAUCAUGUUUCUGCAGUGAUGGAUGUUGAUUACUCUCCCACUGGUAGGGAGUUUGUAACUGGAUCUUAUGAUAGAACAGUAAGAAUAUUCAAUUACAAUGGGGAUCAUAGCAAGGAAAUCUACCAUACAAAGAGGAUGCAAAGGGUUUUCUGCGUAAAGUACAGUUGUGAUGGAACUUACGUUAUUUCUGGGAGCGAUGAUACCAAUCUUCGGCUUUGGAAAGCUAAAGCUUCAGAGCAAUUGGGAGUUCUUCUUCCGAGGGAGCGCAGGAAGCAAGAGUAUCUAGAUGCUGUUAAAGAUAGGUACAAGCACCUUCCUGAGGUGAAGCGCAUCGUAAGGCACAGACAUUUGCCCAAGCCAAUAUACAAGGCAGCUACGUUGAGAAGGACCAUGAUAGAAGCUGAAAGGAGGAAAGACCAAAGAAGGAGAGCUCAUAGCGCACCUGGAAGUAUGCCCGUAAAACCCUUCAGGAAGAGGAGGAUCAUCAAAGAAGAAGAAUGAUCAUCUUGAUGUCUUUUUUCUCAGUUUUGCAAAACAAGGUGUUUUUGUUCAUCAUUUUGUCCAGGAAAUGGCUCCUAACUACGAGAACAGGUCAUUUUGUUUUGUUCUGAUCACAAAUGUAUUAAAAUUUACUUUUUUUUUUUUAUGAGAUUUCAGAUUCA